AAUAUGGCGGAUUUACAAUGUGUUUACUUCCGGUUUUUGAGGGCCUAGGGAAUUUUAAUUCUGGCCAAUGGGCGGACGGGAUUUCGGGGGGAGCGCGCGGAUUGGCGGAGAUGGCGUGAUCGAUCCCGGGAAUUCAUGGUCAAUGUUUUGUGGCGGCGUCGGAAAGGAUUUUUUAUUGUUUGUUGAAACGUGAAGGAGCAUGGCUGGGUACGAUACACAUAAUGAUGGACCUGGGUUCGUGGGGAUCAGGUUCUGCCAGGAGUGCAAUAAUAUGUUGUAUCCCAAGGAGGACAAGGAGAAUAAAGUGCUGAUGUAUGCUUGCAGAAAUUGUGACUACAAACAACUUGCCGACAGCAACUGCAUUUACGUCAACAAGAUUAUGCACGAAAUUGAUGAAUUGACUCAUAUUGUUGCUGACGUUAUCUCUGAUCCAACACUCCCAAGGACUGAGGAGCACCCUUGUCCCAAGUGUAAUCAUCGAGAGGCUGUAUUUUUCCAGGCACAGACACGAAGAGCUGAGGAGGAAAUGAGACUGUAUUACGUCUGCACCUCUGUCCACUGCUCUCAUCGUUGGACUGAAUAAAACUCUCUCCAUCUUCUCUUAUAUUUAAUGACCACAUAAUUAAGGUUUUUCCAUUAGUUUAAACUCUCCUGUAAAUAAAGCAGAAAUAAAUUUCUAUCAAUUUAUAAUUGA